UUUGACCACACGGCUGCUCACUGCACUGACGUCUCUACACCGGGCGGGAUAUCCGCAGCACUAGUAACACAGCUAAUAACAUGGCGAAGACUUACGACUACUUGUUUAAACUACUUUUAAUCGGCGACUCCGGCGUCGGGAAGACCUGCGUGCUGUUCAGGUUCUCAGAGGAUGCCUUCAACUCCACGUUUAUCUCGACUAUAGGUAUUGACUUCAAGAUCAGAACAAUAGAAUUAGAUGGGAAGAAGAUCAAGUUACAGAUAUGGGAUACAGCAGGACAGGAGAGGUUCAGGACCAUCACAACAGCCUACUACAGAGGAGCCAUGGGCAUCAUGCUUGUGUUUGACAUAACCAACGAGAAGUCCUUUGACAACAUCAAGAACUGGAUACGGAAUAUAGAAGAGCAUGCCUCAGGAGAUGUGGAGAGGAUGGUGCUUGGGAACAAAUGUGAUUGUAAUGACAAGCGACAGGUGUCCAAAGAUAGAGGAGAGAAGCUGGCGCUGGAGUACGGCAUUAAGUUCAUGGAGACCAGUGCAAAGGCGAACAUCAAUGUCGAGAAUGCAUUCUUAACCCUCGCCAGAGACAUCAAAGCAAAAAUUGACAAGAAGCUGGAGGGCAACAACCCGCAGGGCAGCAGUCAAGGAGUAAAGAUCACAGAACAACCCAAGAAGAACAGUUUCUUCCGCUGCACGCUGCUGUGAGGUGAUGGGAGAGUUGGCAUCCACCAUCGCCUUAACUGUGUCCCGCACUGGACAGAACUGGACAGAGCACACUCUGAAAUCCAUCUCUUUUAUCCUCCUCCACUUGUCUUCCUCCUCCUGUCUGGUUUGUCCCAUGCUUAUCUUCUAGGAACAACAAACGUUCAUCGCUUCCUAAUUCUACCAGUUGUCUGUGGCCGCUGUUACAUGCAAAUCUCUUAUUGUUUUUUACAGUUGCUCCUUACACCUAAGAUUUCCACUUAAUUCCUUAAAUUGUAUUGACUUUUAAAGAUGGCCUUCUCAGCAUGAGACAUUGAAAGUGAUCAAACUACUUUUUGUAGGUGACUGUUCCCUGUCUGCAGGUUAUUAUCUUACAAUAAUUCCUGAUGCCAAGGUUUUUUUUUCCACCUGUUGUCACUCGGGGUGUAGUCUUAAUUAGUUAUUCUUGAUCUGUAAAAGUAUCCCAAAUUAUAUUUCCAGACCUUACCCACUAGUUUAAUGGGCUUCCUAAUUUUAUAAAUGUAGACUAUUCAAUAAUGCGACACACUGUAUCUCUGCAAGGUGAUCAGGGUAGAUUCCCAGUUGAGUGCUACCAUAUUACAGACUGGUUGGUCCAGAGCUCUAUAUAUCUGCAUUAGGUAAAAGCUAAAUGUAAAUUUGUUGAAUUAAUUAUUAUGGACCAUAUGAAACAGCAGUGCCAGUGCAUUUUACUCAUAUCAACAUUGGAGUUUACACCUUUUCUACUCAUGUCUUUCUAUGGAUUUUUUUUUAGGCUGAAACAUUCCAUUCAUUGCUCUUGUGAACACUUUAAUGUGCAAUGUAGUGUAUUUAGAGUCCAGAGUUUGUCUGUCUUAAGUAUUCAUGCAGCUGCAGUAACAGCUGGGUUCUUGAGAGCACACAGUUUUCGAAGUUGAUUUCCUCAUGAUGGGUUUUGGCUGUGUUUCUCAGAAAAUGUGUUUUAGGAGGAAGACAGCUCUUUGUUGCACUUCCCUUUUCGGACUAGCAAUACCCGACUCUAACACCAGGAGGCGACGCAGCUAACCAGCAGAGGCACAGAAGGAAUCUCAGUGAUUAAUAAGAAUCAUUGUUUUAUGCUUUGAUCUUUUUUCCAGUUGUCAGUUCCAAUGGGGGAACAUGUUACACAACUGUUUAUUUCUGGGCCUUGGAUCAGGGCGAUGCUGUAGCAGUAUUUAUGGAGUGAAACAACAAAAAGCACCAAAUGACAAAGUGGCCUUUUAUGUUCUUAUUGAUUAUGCACUUUUCCUUUUGUUCUCUCUGUUAAAAAAAAAAAAAAUUCUUAAUGUGUUGACUGUUUGUUGCAAGCCUUAACAGAAAGCAAAUAAUAGUCAUGCACAACUUUCCCCCUGUUUUAUAAAUCUGGGAUUCCUGAAAACAUCCGAGCACUGACGAGGCCUAUGAUAUAAAGAAGCAUUUCCCAAUUACAACAUUCACUGAUAUUUUUCUAGCAUUUUAGACAUUUGCAUCCAUGUUGAUGCUUUCUGGAACCCCAGAUACCCCUUACCCUGCAUUCUUUUCCUCUUACGUUCCCCCCCCUUUUGGCCCAGCAUAAGAGCCGUCUGAACUAUGCAUUCUGGGUCCUUUAGAAAACCUCAAAAAGCUUUGCACAUUUGACUCGAUAAGCUUUGUAUGAGAUUAUAAAUGUGCAUAGGAUCCUUACUAUUUUAUUUUCUGCUGUCACUCCAAAUGCUAUUGUGUGUGUGCGCAAGGGUUGAGGCGCAAGAAUUGAACUGACGCCUGGUUAAAAGCGCCUCAGGGCAAAUCAUUAUUAGUUCUGCUGAAUUGAGUCAUAAAUAUUAACCUGUGGAUCUAAAUCAUCAUCUUUGAUGGACUCGAUGGUUUCAGCACUAUGUUUGUUAAACUGACUCUCGCACAUAAAAGAUGCAGUUUUUAGAUUGAAGUGGUUUAAAUUUGGUCUGUAAAAUGAGCACAGUUCUGCUUUUGAUUGGAUUGGUUGUAAUUCUCUCCCCAUUGUAAAUCUGUCAGUUCUCAGUCAACAUGUCUUCAGCAGCACACAACUGAUUUUGAAGUGCAUCACUGAUCUUUGAUGGAUUUCAUGGGUGGGAGAUGAAAAUUCAGCAAUUGUAAAUAAGAUCUACAAUGAUUGUACUGUAGUUUCAUAAAUCACAUCUACACCUUUUGUAGAUAAGUGUUCUUUGAUUUAUUAAAAUGAGAUUGUUAAAAA